AUGACGAAAUCAAGGAGCGGACGCAAUGACGUAGCAUUUCUCCAACCAUUUGUCCCUCCUUCUUGACUUUUUUUUGUCGUGAUCGAGGGGGUGGGGGUGCAAUUAAUUCCUGAAAUGUCAUCUUUCUUUCUCGGCGCUCAUCUUGAAGCGUCUUCAAGUCCGCCGCAACAUGGCAGCCACACAUCGGAUAUUGCUGCUGUAAAAACCACCAUCGAAGAAGAAAAAGGCAGAUGUUAGCGUAGCUUAGAGACCCCAGCUAAAUGACGCCUCGACCACCGGAUUAAAUCGAGUGGAUAGAAACAUUAAAAAGUUCUAGUCGUUGGGAAGGGAGCGACUAAAAAUAUAUUCCGACUGAUUAACAGGACAAUGGCGUCCUCCGAGCAGAAAGCGCGACAACGUAAACAACUCGAAAAUCACGUCGCUUUACACAUACGACAAGAUGUCCAGAAGCUGAUUGUUCUUCAGGAAAAGCAUUCCCCAAAGUUGCAGGAGAACAGUUUGGACCGAGAAGCUCCACAGACCUUCCACAACAAAAAGGAAGAUGAAGAUCCACACCUCCCACACGUUAAAGAGGAAGAGGAGGAGGCAGACGUCAGCAACUUGCUAUUGACUGCUGACUCUGUGAAGAGUGAAGAUGGCAAAGACAAACCACGUCUUCGGCAGCUGUUUUUUUAUCAGGAAGAACUUCCACCUCAGUCGCUGUGGGGGACCUCUAGUUUGCAGCAAGAGCAUCCACAGCACUUCCACGUUAAAAACGAAAAGGAGGAAGCUGACAUUGGUAAAUUGCCACUGACUGAGGUCUCUGUGGAGACUGAAGACAAAAAACUCAAGUUGUCACAACUUACUUGUCAUAAUCCAAGUGGAGAACCCUGUGUAGGACCACCACCGGACAACUUCUUAGCGCCACUGUCAGACGGUGAUGACAUUGAAGAAUCUUUGUCAAGCGCCAUCGACUGUGAUGGUGAUGAGAAACAGUUGAAAUGCUUUGGAAAGGAGACCAUUCUUAGCAGCAAGGAAAAUUCACAAACGCGUGGAAAAUGUUUUACCCACUCGGUUUGUGUCGAAAAUUUGGCGAAAAGACAACACACUAUUAGCUACAUUCAAACACACGCAGGAGAAAAAUCCUUUCCCUGUUCACUGUGUGCCAAAAGAUUCUCUCGAAAGGAACAUUUGGACUCGCAUUUGAGAACACACACAGGAGAAAAGCCCUUUUGUUGCUCAAUAUGUGGUAAACGGUUCUCUGUCAAGCCAAACAUGUUAUCACAUAUGAGAACCCACACCGGUGAGAGACCAUACCGCUGCUCAAUGUGUGAGAAAACAUUCUCUCAUAAGGCGCAUGUGGCAUCGCACAUGAGAAAACACACAGGAGAAAAACCUUUUAGUUGCUCCACUUGCGGUAAAACAUUCUCUCAUAAGCCAAACUUGGUGACACACAUGAGAACACAUACAGGAGAAAACCCCUUUUGUUGCAGGGUUUGUGGUAAAACAUUCUCUCGAAAGGAACACGUGGCAUCGCACAUGAGAACACAUACAGGAGAGCAGCCAUUUUGUUGCUCAAUUUGUGGUAAGGGAUUCACUUUAAAGCCGAACAUGGUAUCACACAUGAGAAUACACACAGGAGACAAACCCUUUGGCUGCUCAACUUGCGGCAAGACAUUUUCUCGAAGGCCAAACAUGUUCGCACACAUGAGACUGCACACAGGGGAAAAACCUUUUUGUUGCUCAUCUUGUGGAAAAACAUUCUCGAGAAAGCCAAACAUGGUAAAACACAUGAGGAUACACAAAGGAGAAAAACCCAUUCAUUGCUCCUAGUGUGAUAAAAAUUUCCUCUCGUAGGCCACACGAGGUAAAACACAACACACUGUUUUAACUGUUUUGGCAAAAUAUUUGUUGAAAAGAAUUUCACUGCACAUAUGGACACUAAAAGAGAACAUGUUUUACAGUAUUCUCUGCAAUACUGCAGCAUUUGAAACAGAUCACAUUGUUACUGCGUUUCUUCCUAAAUGUUGCAAAUGUUUUAUGCUCAUAAGAUGUUUAAAAUGCCCUGUAAUUACAGUUAUGCUGUAAAUGUACCACAAAUGAGUAUUUUAAAGGAUACGUUAUCACUUCAAACUUAUCUUGUCUUAAUUCAUCUUCUAGAAAAAUGCGCUAGAAAAAAAUAUACACAAGCGGGGCUCCGUGCUCUGUGACUUCUGCUUACAACCCAGGCUAAACAUCUCCCGCGAAUAUUGUACGCUUAUAACUGUUUGCCAAUAUUCUUAAUGUGUAAAUAAAAAUGUAACAAUGAACUACACUUUUGAGAAUGGAAAAUAGAAAAAAAAUAAAUAAAAAAUGC